AUGUCUUCGGUAAAAGUUGCAGUGAGGGUGCGCCCUUUCAAUAGUCGUGAAAUAUCUCGUGAAUCCACUUGCAUCAUUGACAUGUCAGGAAACACCACAACUAUCCAGAAUCCAAAACCAGGGCCCAAAGAUAACCAAUAUAAAAGCUUCAAUUUUGAUUACUCAUACUGGUCACACACAGAUCCAAAUGACAGCAAUUUUGCGUCACAGACUAAAGUCUAUGAAGACAUUGGUCUUGAAAUGUUGGACCAUGCCUUUGAAGGUUACAACGUAUGCAUUUUCGCUUACGGACAAACAGGUGCUGGAAAGAGUUACACGAUGAUGGGUAAAAACGAAGAAAGUCAGCGCGGAAUCAUUCCACUGCUUUGUCAGGAUUUAUUUGAUAGGAUUAAAGACAACAAAAGCGAAGAACAAUUGUAUUCAGUUGAGGUUGACAUGGAACUCUGUUUUUUUUCUUCCUUCAACAACAUUAUGCUCUCUCUUCCUCUUGCCACUUCUCCUCCUCUCUGUGUAUGUUUUACUUUUCUCCUCUCAAAGCAGGACAAGAGCGACCCCUACAAUUCCUGGAAAACAAAUUACCUCAAAGAUUCUGCCUCUACUAUUUCUUCUUUUUCAGCAUUUCAAAUAUUUAACAUAUCUCUGUGGGACGUGUUUUUUUUAAUUGUUUCUUUUUAUCUCUUUUACUAUUAUUUAAAUUUUCUUCUUUUAUAUUCUUUCCAUCCAUUUCGAUUCUUUUCUUUCCAUCCUUUGCGUAUUUUUUCUUUCCUUCCUUUUGCGGUUCGAUUUCUCUCCUUCCUUUUGCUGGUUCUUUUCUCUCCUUCCUUUUGCGGGUUCUUUUCCCUCUUUACUUUUGUGGAUUCUUUUCUCUCCUUCCUUUUGCGGGUUCUUUUCUCUCCUUCCUUUUGCGGGUUCUUUUCUCUCCUUCCUUUUGCGGGUUCUUUUCCCUCCUUACUUUUGUGGAUUCUUUUCUCGCCUUCCUUUUGCUGGUUCUUUUCCCUCCUUACUUUUGUGGAUUCUUUUCUCGCCUUCCUUUUGCUGGUUCUUUUCUCUCCUUCCUUUUGCUGGUUCUUUUCUCUCCUUCCUUUUGCUGGUUCUUUUUCUCUCCUUCCUUUUUGCGGGUUCUUUUCUCUCCUUCCUUUUGGGUUCUUUUCUCUCCUUCCUUUUGCUGGUUCUUUUUCUCUCCUUCCUUUUGCUGGUUCUUUUCUCUCCUUCCUUUUUGCGGGUUCUUUUCUCUCCUUCCUUUUGCUGGUUCUUUUCUCACCUUCCUUUUGGGGUUCUUUUCUCCUUCCUUUUGCUGGUUCUUUUCUCUCCUUCCUUUUGCGGGUUCUUUUCUCUCCUUCCUUUUGCUGGUUCUUUUCUCUCCUUCCUUUUGCUGGUUCUUUUCUCUCCUUCCUUUUGCUGGUUCUUUUCUCUCCUUCCUUUUGCUGGUUCUUUUCUCUCCUUCCUUUUGCUGGUUCUUUUCUCUCCUUCCUUUUGCUGGUUCUUUUCUCCCUUCCUUUUGCUGGUUCUUUUCUCUCCUUCCUUUUGCUGGUUCUUUUUCUCUCCUUCCUUUUGCGGGUUCUUUUCCUCCUUCCUUUUGCUGGUUCUUUUCUCUCCUUCCUUUUUGCUGGUUCUUUUCUCUCCUUCCUUUUGGUUCUUUUCUCUCCUUCCUUUUAUGCCUUUUUUCUUGGGUUCUUUUCUCGCCUUCCCUUUGCUGGUUCAAUUUCUCUCCUUCCUUUUGCGGGUUCUUUUCUCUUUCUGGGUUCCUUUCCUCCUUUGCAUUCUUCUUUCUCUCUGGAUUCUUUUCUCAUUGGAUCCCUUUUCUCCUUUCUUUAUGCGAUCAUUUCACACUGGAUUUCUUUUUCUUUGGAUCCCUUUUCUCCUUUGUGGGACCCUCUCUCUCCAGGUCCCUUCUCUCCUUUCUUUGCAAGCUCCUUUUUCAUAUGUUUUGAUUUUAUCAUCAAUUCUUCCAUAUGUCCUUUUUUUCUCCCAUCUUUUCUUGGUCCUUUUUCACUGGUUUGUUUGACUUGCCUUUUCCUCACUUCUUUCUUCUACAAUAUUCUUUUCAUGGUUUUUCUCUUCCUUUUCUAUUUCAUUCUCCCUUGA